AUGGUCGCAAGCUAUGUCUCAGAUGACCUGCUCGCCGUCAACUUGCACCUGGUCUCCUGCGUGAAGGCAAAUGAGAUCUUCGGGGUCGAUGUGGCCAUUGACCAAGGGGCGGACAUCAACUUUGCCAACUUGCAGGAACCGAUCAACCUCCAGACCCCACUACGGGCUGCCUGUGCUUUGGCAAACGUGAAGAUGACAAGACUUCUGCUCAGCCACGAUGCUGAUGUCUUUGCCCACUUUGCCCUCGAUGGCUGGACUGCUUUGCACAGCGCGUGCUACAUUGGCCAUGACCACGUCGCAAGGCUCCUCCUAGAAGAGGCUGCAAGCUUGCAUGAGGGCACAUGGCAAGAAGGGUGGAGCUUGAUGCAUCUAGUCGCACUGUGCAUAACUGACCGGCUGUCCAACCGGGGGGCAUCCUUGAUCUGCUGGCUUCUGAAGCAGAUGCCAGGAGUUGAGCUAAAUGCUGUUUCGAAGCAUGCAGGUUUUUACGAUUGGACGCCGCUGCAUGUGGCUGCAGCACGUGGCAUGACGCAGGCCUGCAGCGCCCUCAUCAAAGCAAAAGCUGAUGUUUUGGCAGCAUCCGGUGACUUCCACGUCAGCUCCCCGCAUUUGAACAAGUUUGCUUUGGCUGGGAGUAUUGCCUCUAUUGGCGCUGGCUUUGACAAGGUGGAGGGCCACCACUUAGACAAGGGUUUGUUGCCCCUGCAUUUAGCCGCCUUUGGUGGCCAUGAACGGACUUGCCAGCUGCUACUAAGGCAAGCUACCCAAUCAAUUCACAUCAUGACGCAUCGGCACUGUUGGACUGCUUUGCUACACGCCGUUUGGAGCAACAAUGUGGAACUGGUGCGCGAGUUAUGCCGGCAAGGCGCAAGGAAGAUCAUCAACGAGGCGGAUCGGAGAGGUGAUGGAACAUCAUGGUCGCCCAUAUCUCUAGCCGUCAUUCGUGGUGGGCCAGACAUGGUGCAGGUUCUCGUGGAGUACGGAGCUGACCCACUGAUGAGGAUGGCCUCGUCCGACUUUCCCGGCUCUGCAUUUGUGAAGUACUGCUCAUUGGCACUACCCGAUGCUGCAGAGAAUUCCUGGAGUGGACCCGAUUCACGCAUCUCCUUGCUGCAUCUUGCCAUCUGCCGUGGAUGCAGCACAAUGGUCAAAGCCCUCAUGCCUCUUCUGCGUACGGCCCAUCAGCAGCCCGUGCGCUUGAGCUCCAGUCGCCCACCCCUGACAGGCAGGGGUGCCUCGCCCUGGCAGGACUUGGCACCAAAGGCGCGCGCUCGGGGCCAGUCUGGCGCUUUGACGCAGCGCUCAUCAACGCCGCGCUCGUCAACGCCGCGUUCGAUGCCGCCGCCCUCGGGGGAACGCUCCGCGGCUAUCCAAGACCAAGCGCGAGAGCGUCUAAUCAGCGGCCCUUGCUCAGAAGCUCAAGGCAAUGACCCUGUAACCUUUCGAACCAGUGAGGGUUGGUCUCCUGUCAUUUUGGCGGUCCUCCUGCAAACAGUCGACCCGGAUCGCCGGGUUUGUCCGUUUCCCAUCACAAGGGGCUUCCCUGAUCGGUCGGCUGGUUCCAGAGCCAAUGUUCUACAAGAUUUGCUGGCUGGUGAGUCCUCCCCGCUAGCAGACCUUGAGGAGGACAAGCCACUAUUGAUCCCACAAAGGUUCCCAGAUGUUGCGGCUACGUUGGUCAACAUGGCCAUCAAUGAGUUUAUACGGCUGUGCAGAAGCUCAGCAGAACAAGCAGUAGACCGGAUUUUGCACUCAACACUGUGUGCAGCAUGCCAUCUAAAUCGGAUGCAGAUUGUGCAGCAUCUUCUUGAAGCGGGGAGGUGUGACCCCCGCUGCACCCUUCUGAAGCCGAUCGAGCAGCGUCCGUUGCACAUCGCGACCUCGCAUGGCUAUGGACGGCUAGCCCAGUUGUUGCUGGAUUACAAAGCGAAUCCAUUAGAGGCAGACGAGAAUCAUCAGCGUCCGGUGCUGAAGCUUACGGAAUUCUUUGAACGUCAACUGGAGAGUCUGCAGGCCAGGGUCGCAGAGUUAGAGGCGCAGCUCUGUGAGGGGCGUGCGGACACUGACAUUCUGUCCGCUAAGUCGUCCCCAAAGACCCGCGGCUUGUCCCGCGCUGGCCGAAAGACGGGGGGUGGUCCUAUUGAUGUCGCGAGCUAUGAAGCUCUGCUGCAUGACUCCCGUAUCUGA